AUGCCCCCUACAACAACAACAACAACAACUACUACUACUACUACAACGACGACGAAGACGUUCUUCUCGCUGAUGGCCGGCAGCCCCACCAAGUCGCCGCUGUCGGUGCAGCGCCCCACGCUGUCGCCCACAUCGCUCGAUGAGGUUUCCGCCAGCAGCAGCAGCGCUGACGAGCUCGUGAUCUCUCCGAAGAAGAAGGCCAAGGCGGAGGAGCGUGCCAGCAGUGACCUGAGCAAGUGGGAGAGCCACGUGGUGGCCAGCAUCGCCAGCGCGCUCGACCUGGACGGCAUGACUGCCGACGACGAUGCCAAGGGCUGCUGCAGCAGCUACAGCAAUCAGCUCGAGCCCAUUGCGUUCUCGGCGGUACCCGCCGGCGACCUCGCCGCAGACGAGCUGCAGAUCCUGCGCCGCUUCCUGGUAUGA